GCGCCACGCGGCCCAAGGCUGCGGCCCCGAGAGUCCCUGCACGUCGCCCGGGACCAUGAACGCGUGAGAGCCCGGCGCGCGCCGCCCCUGCUGCAGUCCUCGAGCGCACACGACCGGCGCGCCGACUCCCGGCGUCCCCGCGUCCGCCCCGCGCCGCCCGGCCCGGCCCUCCCCGGCGCGAGGCCCCGAGGCGGCGUCCCCGCCGGUGCUCCGCCGCCGCGGCUCGCCGGCCUCCCCUCCCCCACGCCCGCGGCGCGGCGCGGAGCGGCGGCGGCGGCGGGAGGAGGAGGAGGAGGGGCCGGCGCAUUCUCGCCGCUGCUCUUCGCAACCUGCGGGGGCCGGUGCGCGCCCGACUCGGAGCUGGGGCCGCGGCAGGUGCGCGCGGCCUCGGGCGGAGACGACUCUGCUCCCCACCGCCGGGCCAGCCCUGGGCCCGCGAGCCGCCGGGGCGGGCGGGCGAGAAACAGCAACAAAGACCCGCCGCAGCUGGGGCUGGCGAGACGGGCCGCGGCCGCCGGGCCCCCGCGCGGACGGAGAGGCCGCCCUGGGAGCGGCGCGGCCAGAGCUGCGGCCGUGAGCCGGGCCCCACCGGGAGGCGCAGCGCCUCCCGCCGGCUGUGUCGGGCGCUGGCUCUGGCGAGGAUGCGCCCCCUGAGCGCCAGCCCGGCCCGGGCCCCGGACGCGAGCAACCCCCGCUGAACCGAGGAGCCCGCCCCACCCCCACCCCCGACUUCGGACGGCGCGGCCCGGCGCCCGGAUCGCUCGCACAGACUGCAUCCCUUCCCGCCUGGAGAGGAGCAUCGGUCCCCGGACGGGGCUUCCUCGGGCCGCCUCUGUUACCCCUGCAUGGCUGCCACCCGCCGAGGGCAGCGUCGUGGCCUCUGAGACCUGGUGCCCUUCCACGGCCUGGCUGGACCGGGACCCUGCCGCCAAGCACUCUGCACCAGAGACCCCAAGUUCAGCCAUGCUGGCCUGUCUUCAGAGGACCCAGAACCCCCCGGGUCAACACCUGGCCUGCCCAAGCAAGAGCCUGGAGCUGCGCAAAUGUGAGUCGGUGGCCAGCUCCAUGCAUUCCUCCCGCUACCCCAGUCCGGCCGAGCUGGACGCCUAUGCCGAGAAGGUGGCCAACAGCCCGCUGUCCAUCAAGAUCUUCCCCACCAACAUCCGGGUGCCGCAGCACAAGCACCUGAGCCGCACGGUCAACGGCUACGACACGAGUGCCCAGCGCUACAGCCCCUACCCGCCACAUGCGGCCGGUUACCAGGGCCUGUUGGCCAUCGUCAAGGCUGCCGUCUCCUCCUCCGGCACAGCGGCCCACUCCGGGCCUGCCAAGAGCGUCCUCAAGAACGCCGAGGGCAAGCGGACCAAGCUGUCGCCGGCCACCGUGCAGGUGGGCAUCGCACCCUACCCAGCACCCAGCACUCUGGGGUCCCUGGCGUAUCCCAAGCCGCCUGAAGCCCCCGCCCCACCGCCCAGCCUGCCUGCGGCUGCUACCGCCACCUCCAUCAUCCCCCUGCCGGGCCGGGGUCUGCCACUGCCGCCUUCCAACCUGCCCUCCAUCCACAGCAUCCUUUACCAGCUCAACCAGCAGUGCCAGGCCCCAGGUGCUGUGUCCGCCACCUGCCAGGGCGUGGCUGUCCCCCACCCCAGCCCGGCUAAGCAUGGCCCGGGGCCCAGCUUCCCCAGCAUGGCCUAUUCGGCCACAGCAGGGCUGCCCGACUGCCGGAAAGGGGCAGAGCUGGGCCAGGGAGCCACACCAGCCCUGGCGCUGGCCGGGGCCGCCAAGCCUGCAGGGUACACAGACAGCGGCCUGGAUUACCUGCUGUGGCCCCAGAAGCCCCCUCCGCCGCCCCCCCAGCCGCUGCGUGCCUACGGUGGGAGCGCAGUGGCCAGCAAGUCCCCCGAGUCCUGCAGUGGGCGGGGCUACGAGCGGGCCUGCGGGUCGCCUCUCCACUGUGGGGUGGGGCUGCCACCGGGCUUCACCGUAGGCCAGUACUUUGCGGCCCCCUGGAACAGUGUGCUGGUGACACCCACCAGCGACUGCUACAACCCUGCCGCGGCUGUGGCCGUGACUGAGCUGGGCUCUGGGGUGGCCACGCUCGCAGGCCUGCCCAGCAAGAGCGUGUGCAACACAUCUGUGCUGAGCAGCAGCCUGCAGUCCCUGGAGUAUCUCAUCAAUGACAUCCGGCCGCCCUGCAUCAAGGAGCAGAUGCUGGGCAAGGGCUAUGAGACCGUGGCUGUGCCGCGGCUGCUUGACCACCAGCACGCCCACAUCCGCCUGCCUGUCUACAGAUAAGGCUGCCCGGCGCACUCGUGGACACAUGGGCAGGGCGCCAGGAGGGGCUGGCCGCAGAGCAGGGUGGGCAGCUCAUGGGGGCAUCCAGCCCUGCCCUGCGCCUGUGGAGGCUCCCCGGGAAGCGGGGCUGGCUGCUGAGGCAGUGGGGUGCAGAGGGAGCCUCCCACACCAAGCCCCUCCCGAGGCCCCAGUAGCUGCCCAGGACGGGAGGGCCUAGACACAGCCAGUGACACGGGCGGGAGAGAUGCCACACAGCCAACGAGCGCUUCUUCCUGGGUCUAGGAGGGAUGUCAGUGAAAAUGGGGGGCUCCAGUCAGGGUGAGAGUGGGCCGGGGUUUCCCCUCAGCUCCUUGUCUCCUGGAGCCUACAGGAGAUCACCCCCCCCCCCCCCUAGCCAACCCAGGUGAAGACCACUCUGUUCUCAGAAUCUGACACCAGGACUCCCAGGCCCCCGUUGCUCCUCCUCAGACUCCCCCUUUUCCUGCCUAACAGAAUCACCCCAGACCCGUGACUUCCCCUUCCCCUCCCCCUCCCGGGCUGCUGGCACAGUUGUGCGGGCAGUGCUCUGCACAAGGGCAUGUCUGAGAAGACGCCACGAACAUCCUGUAUUUAUUGCGACUUUCUGCGAUGAGGAAGGGGCACCAUUUUCCUACUCGCACAGCGGCGCUGGGGGCUGGCAGUGGGCCUGCAAAGACCCAUUCCGAGGGUUCCAGUGGGGGGACGAGACCCAACCCAACAAGCCACCCUAUAGGGCCUGGCCCUUACUGUCAUGGGGAGAAGUGGGGGGCCCCCAACAGGUCCCCCAGCCUAGCCCCCUGGCGCUCCGGAAGCGGUACUGUAUCUCCAAGGCCUGUUCCAGCACUAAGUGCAUUUACAAAUCUCUGAGAAUGUUUUUUAUACUAAAAUUGACCAUUAUAUUCUACUGUGAGAAGUGCAGUCUGCACUAUAUUGUUUUAAAAAGGAAGA